AUGAAGGAAAGGGGAGGGAGAGUUUGCAGAGCGGCUCAGAGAGCUUUAGCUGCUGAAGGAAGAGUUACUGAAAGGAGUAAAAUGGGACCAGCUGCCACAUCGUACACAUUCCUGUGUUUAUGUUUUCUGGCUCUUCCAACAGAGAUGAUCGACGCAGCACCAACGGAGGAAUCUGUGGAGGUGAAGAGGACCAGAGGCGACGUUCCUGAUAUUCUUCCAGAACCAGAACCAGAGCCGACCAGCCAAGCAUCAGACUUUGAAAACUCGUACAACUAUGUCUUAUCAAGGCUCGCCGGCAUUGACCAGGCCAUCCACAAGCUGAACGUUGGUCAUUACACUCUGGAUGUUAAAGUCAGCCAGCUAAUCGACCGACUCUCCAAGCUGGACGCUAAAGUUGGAGAUUUGGAGGACAGCAUCCAGGAGGUCUACCGACACAGCAAGGACAACCGCAAGGAGAUUGGGAGACUGGAAGGCUGCCACAAAGGACAAAGACUGGGCUACAAAUGUUACCUAGUGUACAACAACUUAGCCGACUAUGCGGGAGCAUCCAGGAAGUGCCUGGAACGCGGCGGACGCUUGGCGAUGCCGCGCGACCGCAAGGAGCAGGAGGCCCUGGCGGCGUACAUCAAGGCCUUCUUUAGCCCGGGGAACUGGCCCGUCUGGCUGGGCAUCAACGACCUGCGCUCUGAGGGGCUGUACCUCUUCGACGACGGUACGCGGGUCUCAUACUUCCAGUGGCGCAAGCACUUCCUGUCCAGUCAGCCAGACGGAGGAAAACGAGAAAACUGUGUGGCCAUGUCGUCGGACGACGGGGACUGGUGGGACCACUACUGCGACCGGAUCAUGAACUAUGUCUGCGAGUUUGAUGACAGGGUGGCACUUUGAAAUGAACUCUUUAAAAACUGUUUGCUUUUUCCUAACAAUGCCAGUAAUUAAAACCUGAAUGUGUAGCUCUUUAGAAAUAAAGAAAACAUUUUAUUUAA